UACCAUACCGCUUUGCGCCACGAUCGUUCCCCGUGUUCGCGUGCGCGCAGUGUCUUUCUUACCAUUGAUUUUUCGUGAUCACGGUGCUCCAGAUCGGUUCUUCGUACACACGAGGUGAAAGUGAGAACGGGUCGGAUAAAUCUUUAAUAUAUUUUAAAUCGGUUUGUCGAUCUACGCGCUUGCGUUAUAAGCAAGUAUGACGGACUAAUAUAUAGAUAAUCAAUAUUUAUUAUACGUUAUUUAUUAUAUCGUGCAUAAAGUUAAUAUCAGUUCAACUUCGAUUAUGUGUUGAUGAGAAACGGAAAACAGUAGUCUUGAUUAGUCGAUAUCUAGAUUUUUCCUUCGAUUUAUUAUGCAACAACAUCAGCAUUAAAGAUUGAAAAAGAUUUAUAUGUCGGACUCCUCCAUAUAAACUAAUUUAAAUGUGAAACGACACAAUCAGAAAGCAGAAAUGUUUAAUAUGAUCGCGAUGAGAGUGUUCUUACUCUGCACGAUUUUGGUUACCUCACAGAUUCUUGGAAUUUGGUGCUACUUUGCAAAAUCGUCAAUAAUUCGAUUAUGAUCUGUGCGACAAGGAUACGUAUCUGAUCUUACUCCAAAUCAAGUUAUCGUCUGAGGUAUCACCACGAGGUCCAAAAGAGAUUUACCUUUUGCAAAGACAAAUUUCGUGAAAGACAAAUUUGGAUUCCAAAGUGUGACUGGGAGAAUCUUUCCGAAUGCAAAAGAAAUGGCGUUGGUGAAUUUCAGUUUGCCAUAUCAGUCGGUUACGAUGGCACCGUUUCUUUACGCGGGCUCAACCGAGGGCUACACGACCGCCCACAGUUUUCAUUUGAACACCAUGUUACCAUCGGGAUCUACGAUCGGUUAUGAUGAACAAGAAAGCUUUCAUAAUGAGCCCUAUACUCCACCGAUCAAGUACCAUCAACAUCAACGUAGUCAAUCUACACAGCAGAAGAAUCAUGAGAUUUAUAUGGAACACACGUCCUUUUCGACACAAGAUACCCUUUACAAUAUGUAUAACCAGGAUCUUAGAAGGACGCGAUCAAGGCAGCAACAACAACAAAUAAGACCGCCAUCGCUUCCCUCAUCAUUUCAUUAUCAACAAUUGCCUAAACACAUCAAAACUCGAAUAGAAGAUCAACAAAAUCAGCCAGAAAGACCUAUCGGGUAA